AUGAGCGCCAGUAGUAACCUUGAAAAACUGCUGCCUUCUCUCUAUGAGUUUCUCUCUGUUCACCCGUCAGAUGCAUACGCGCCGGCUUCAGCUGCGCCGACCCAGCGAUCCGGUGAUGACCUUUACCCUGGCUGCAGCAGUGACAACGGUCGCAGCAACGCCACAAGUCCCUCAGCCAUCUCCUCUUCCUCGCUCGGAUCUGAUCUGGCAUGCGCGACUCCAGCCAUCAUCGUACAGAGCUAUACGCGCUGGCGGCGGUGCAUCACCGUGUGGCGAAGGGUGAUCGGCAAUGACAGCUUGUUUCUCACCGUGCUUCUGCACGCGGGUUGUCUGUGGUGCCCCAACUACGCAGCACUCUAUCGAGCGAAGCGCGACAUCACCACGCGGGCCCAGCAACAGCGCCGGUCUGCACAAGCAACCCCUGCCUCAGAAGACAAAUCUGCAUUGGAGGUUGGCAGCGCAACCCUGGAAGGAGAACAAGGCAGCCUCGUGCUGCGGCCCUGGACAACCGCCACUUCCGAUACACCACACAACAGCCCUGUCAAGCGGCGAAGCAAGCGCGGCGGCAAGGUGGCAGCAGAGACAGCUGCGCACUCCAUCAGCGUCCUGGCAGCGGCAGUUGACGUGCAUGCGGAGCUGGCCGCCAUGUGCCCCGCAAGCGUGUGGGCGCUGCAUGUACUGCAUUUUUUGAGGGUGGAGGAGGUGUGCACUGUGCCCAGCAGCGGUAGCAAAGCGAAGUCGGUGCGACACGGUAAUAUGACCAGGACAAACUCUGAGACUUCCUCAUACGCGUCCUGGUCCCCUCAUGGGGACAGCGGCGACUCCAGUGAAAACGAAUUCAGCAGCACGAGCAGCAACAGUCGUACCAGCCGAAGCGGUAGCCGCGACUCCCACAGCAGCAUAGAGAGCGCGCGGGCAAACAGUGAUCGGACGAGUGACGCGGUCGAUGGCUGCAUUGCAAGUGGGCGGAAACCAGCGGCUGGUCGAGGAUGGGGUGGCGGGCGGCGCAGAGGCGGUCGCGGCGAUGGCGGCGGCAGCGGGCAGCGAGGCAUGAAGCGGCAGAAUAGACCAGAGCGGGCGGAGCGCCACCUCGCAUCCAGUACGAGUGGUGAUCGCACGAGGCGGCGCCGCCGCGACGGGGAGCGAGCUUGCGAGGGACGUUUGCCAUUCGAUGCGUCCUGGACGAAAUGGGCAGCGUCCUCCUCGCUGCUUCCUAAACUGUCGAAGAAUGAGGGCGAUGGAGGGGGUGGCGGAGACAAGCACCUCCGCAGCACACUCGCGGCUGUUCUCUCCGUGCUGCAGCAGCAGGAACAGCAACGCGUCUCUGCUCGCCUCCGUGAUGGGACAGUGGACGGCGAUGUCGGGGAAACGAAUGAUAAGACACCGCAUGGUAGGGGAGAGGGGUUUGGCGCAGGGUACCGCACCUGUGACUGCGGCAACAGCACUCUCAAUGGAACAUCCGCGACGGCUGAGCAGAAGCAUGCACUGCUGCUCCGCGCCACCAUCACCCUCGUAAGCGAGGAAGAACCUCUGGUGCAGCAGGUGGCGACGGCGCUCGUGAACGAGUGGCUCGAUCUCAUGUCGGUAGAAACCUCCACUCCCCAGUCACGCGUGACGACCACAAGCGCACCAACAGAAGUGAUGGGGGAGGUGACAACUCUCUCUGACGGCAGCGCGCCUCGCCGGAGGUCGGGACUCCCCAGGACACAGUCUUCCUCCUGCGCUGAUGCCUCCGUGCAGGCGCUCCAUCACCAUCGCCUAUGCGACGCGCGCAACUACUGGCUCUCGUGUCUGCUGAAGAUGGUGGCGUACCUCGAUGGCGUGCACUCGGCCCUUCGUGAAGAGAACAUCCACAUGAGCGCCGUCCUCGCCCGUCAGGGCAUCGCGCCGCAAGACGCAGAAGAUAUCUUUACCAAGUCACUGCCAGCCAUCUUCAACUGUGUGCUUGUAGAAGAGGCUUUGCAUAGCGCGGCCACCGCGUUGCCGGCUUCGCAGCCACGCACCUUCACAACGUGGGCAACUUCGCCCCUGCUGGCGUCCGCUUGCGGAAGUCCGGCCCUACGCUUGUGGAUGCCGCCCCCAGCGCUGCUGCUGCCGUUUCACUUGAUUGGGCGUGGGUCGGUGUUUGGGGUGUGGGUGCCUCCAGGCGUGGCGGCACGCCAAGGGUCGAUCGACUACCUGCCUGCACUGGCGUCGACGCGCACCUCCACCCGUGCGCAUGGUCGCUUUGUGUCCUACGUCAUCGACUCACACGGACUGCAUCUCGGCACGGAGCCGUACUGCAGAUGUGGGGCACUGGUGCCGGAGAGCAAGUCCGUCGACACGGAGCGCCGCGGUGGGGUGGAAGCGCUGCAGUCAUGCAAGCGAGCGUCUGUGGGUGUGAAUGGACAGGAUAUGACAGCCCACCCUCGCCCUCCUAGGCAUUCCUCAGGCCACUGCCGGCUAGGCUUUGCGGUGCGUUGUACGGAGCCCGAAUCGCUUCUCGAGACACACUACCUCACCUCGCUCGAGUAUCUGCUUCCCGUCCUCCGUGUACCCGACGUGAAGAGCCAGCAGGCCGCCAACGGCGACCUCCCACGCGAUCAGCUAGAGCAGCAACCUGCGCUACGGUGGUGGACGUGCACGCUGAACGAGACGGUCGGUACUCCGCGCAUGGACGUCUACGCCUCACGCACGCUGCUGAUGCUUCCGAUACCGACUCAGAACACACUGGACAGCACCGCUGGCCAUGCCGCAAGUUCAGCGCGGGUCGACGCCGGUACCACCACCAACACACUCACCGUAGGCGGAACGCACCACGCAGAGACUCGUGCGAAAAGUGGGCCGAGUGCGCUGGCGUCCUCGUCGACAACGGUCGGAGCUCGUAAGCGGCCCCGCGGCGGGUUCCACCGGGGGCCGACCGUGUCUGCGGAGGAGCAGGCGGUCCGGCGUCAACACCCGCUGCUCUACCAUGCGAUGCGCUUACAGCUACGCGCGGGGAAAUUCGCGUGUAAGGGAGGCAGUGGCGGCUCUGAGAGUGGCGAUACUGAGCUCGUGCUGCUUUACGGUCAUCCGCGCGGCGAGGAGACGACGACGCUGCGCCACAUGGGCUUCACGGUACGGACUGGCAGUCACCACAGGCUGGGCCGUGGCGGCGCCGCCUUUGCCAGACGUAUGGAUCUACCUGCUGGGUCGUCCGUGACGGAGCUGAACAGUGGUGUCGGCGGCGGUAGAGGACGCCUCACCUUGUCCAGAGAUGCGCUUGGCACCACGCUCGAGGGCAUGUACCUGAUCGCCCGCCGUGUACUGGGGCUGCAGGGCCUCUUUGUGUCCUCUGCAUCUGCGCUCACUACGCCGGCAGCAGCAGCAGCAGCAGCAGAGGCACGCGCCAGCGGCAAGGGGAGCCCUUCCGUCACUGGCGCUGCUGCACUGGGUGAUGGGGACGCGUGUGCUUCGCUCAAUGGCACUACAGUCACACACAUGGCUGCCUCUACUCUCGGUCCACAGACGGAGAAGGAGGCCCUUGGCACCGUGGCAGCCACGCUUGCCCUUAUGUGCCUCGUACUCAGCCAUAGCCUGCUAGAUGAUUUGCUUGAGCAGCCGUUCCUCGUGCUCUGGACAACAGAGCUGGCGUCGUUUGUACUCGACGUGUCGCUGCUGAUGCCGCGACCGCUCCCUCGAUUGCUGAAGGCGGACGGAUUUGCUCUAGCGCUUCUGCCGCAGCCGGCACAGUCGCUGCUCCUGAUGGUGGGGCUGGCAGCCACACUGGUGACGCGGGAGGUGCACAUGGCUGCUGCAUCCAAUCAAGGCAGCGAAGGGGGCGAUGGCAGCAGUGGUGGGAGGGGGCGCGGCGCCGGCGGCACGUCAUCGACGUCGACAUCCACCAUACCUCAGUCACAUCCGUGGUGGUUCACCUUCCGUUCGACAGUGCUACGCGACACCGAGCUGCCGAGCUGCCUGUACAGUGGCGUCUGGCCCAUCGUGGAGAAGGCCGAGGCCACCCUUGCCACUUUGCUGGCGGAGGCGCGGCGCGACACAUCUGGCAAUCGCCAAGCAAGUGACGGAAGGCACAGCCAUCCUUCUCUGCCGGUAGGCAGCGACGGAGGAGAAGAAUACGCGGGGGCAGGAGCCCCGAUGCACGUGUCGGGCCGUGGUGGCCGCCGUGGUGGCGCAGGAGGUAGGCGGGUCCUGUCUCUUUCAGCCCCGUCUCCGCCCACGGCUGCGGGUCGCCAACCACCCGUGGAUGCGCUGAGCACCUCAUCAUCGAAGAACCGUGACGUUACGCCUCACGGAAGCACCAUUGAUAGAGCCAACCCCUAUGGCCACCGACUUCUCUUGAAGGAGUCUAGAGCAGACGGCGCGCCUGGAGAGCUCUCUGUGAAAGCAACACUGAACCGCAACAGCAAUGCAGCAGCGUGCGGAGCAGGCAGCGUCGUGUCGGCGGACCAGUCUUACGUACCCCGUCGACUCUGCGGGCACGCCGUCCUUUGCCAAGACGAUGGCACCUGGAGUGCGGAAGCCGGGUCGAGCGACACCCACGCCGCUUCGAGAGCCUUGCCAUUCGCCGAGGGGGUUCGCGUCGUGUCUGGCAUUGAAGUGGCGCUGCUCAGGACGAGUUCGGCUCACGUCAAAGUGGUGUCGCCAUUGUCGCGUAUGUUCUCGCUCUCCUUGAGUGGUGUAACACUGCUGCCUCAACUAACCGCUGCCUUCGCCUCGGCGCUGUGGGUGUCCCUGGAAGCGGAGGAGAUGUACUCGGGUACCAGUGCUGCGUAA